AUGCCUCCCAGAUUACAGAGCCUGCAACGGCUAGGCACCGCUAGCUUGUGCCUACGCCCAGCUAUUAGACCGACCCCGAGCUUCCUCCCCGUCAUCCAGACCGCGAAUCUUUCCCAGCGCGAGAAGAAGCGCAAAGCGAAGCAGGACCCGUAUAAACACCAACAGGCGCUACAACGCAAGGCUGCCAACCAGAAGAGACAGAGCGAGAUCCAGGCGGAAAAGGAUGCGAGCUGGGGCGACCAGAUCCACGGCAUUCCGACUCCUUUCGUGGAGUCGUUCGACUCGGCCGGCCAAGCGCCCACAACGAAGCCCGUCAAGGACGACAAUGGAAACAUCAUCUCCGAUCCUCGCCCUCUGCCAACUUCGCCGGGGCUUCUGAACCACCUCGUCGACGAGAAGGAGCUCCAAGCAGUGAUAGACAAGGCCUACAUUUUGACGAAACCUGUUAAGUCGGAAAUCAGGGAGCUGGCAGACCCUGCUAUGGAGGCAUUGGCGGACCAGAAGCAUGAGCUGGUUCACGCCAAGGCAGUAGAGGCUCUGAAGCGUAUUCUGUCUAUGGACAAUGCCAACUCGAAGAUCCUUCUCCACACCAACAUCAAGAGAUGUGUCGAGGAGUUUGGCCGACACAACACCGACAAGUUUCUGACGAAGAAGCCCAAGUCUGCUCUCGUGGAUCCCAAGGCCCCCAAGCCGCCAAUUCGGGGCGGCCCCGACACUGGCAGCUCGGAGGUGCAGGUUGCCAUUCUGACCGCCAAGAUCAGGAAGCUCUCGCACGAGCUGUCACAGAACCGUGGUUACAAGGACAAGCACAACAAGAGGAACUUGAGGGUCCUGUGCCACAGGCGGCAAAAGCUCCUCAAGUACAUGGAGCGCAGUGAGAGGGGAAGCGGGCGGUGGACGCAUCUGCUCGAGAAGCUGGGUCUGUCACCAGCGACCUACAAGGAGCAGAUCAGCUUCUAG